UCGCGCAGUACAGCCCAUUCAAGAGUGUUAUUUUCCUUGUUUCACGCAGGCCGCGCCACGAUGUACAGACCAUCUCGUAAACGCUGCUUGGUGAUACUGCCAACUUUGGCUAUCAUCAACGGACUUCUGUGGUCAUUCUAUCAAGCAGGAUACAGCCAGGGUGACCCUCUGAGUACCCACAAGCUUCAGACUCACAGGCGCAUCGGUUAUCAUCAUGAGAAAGAUACCCCGAUAGGCUUGGAUCUGAUUGGCUUAAAAGGAAUUAAAAGGCGGACUGACAAAACUCUGUUCGAGACAAAAACAGCGUCCGUGUUCUCAAUCAAAUCUACCAAGGGCGUUAGCCAGGUUACAAGUGGGCCUCUACCCCAGUCUAUGAGGAUGUCCGACAGCGACCAAACUGUGGCAGAGAAAUAUUUGGGGACAUUUGAUACAGCGCCACUGUUCUCAAUCAUCGGUAGCCCGGGAACAAGUGACACCCUGCUCCAGUCGACCAGUCCAGAGGGCAUGCACCUGGCCCUAGCUAUGUGCGGUAACAGGAUCGAAGAGGUCAAGGUGCUGGUCAAGUCGGUCAUGCUGUUCACCCGUCACGCCACAAUCCACGUGUUCAGUGAUCUGCCUUCUCAGAAACCUCUUUGUGAACAUAUCAAAUCCUUACCGGGGGAAUACAGGAAACAAUUCACCUACCACAUCUACAAUAUAACGCUCCCACGUGGGGAGGAUGCGGAGACAUGGAGCAAACUGUACGGGCCGUGUGCGGCACAGAGGCUGUUUAUUCCGUACAUAUUACAACGUGUCAACAAGAUUAUCUACGUCGACACUGAUGUCAUAUUUCUCAGCCCAAUGGAAAAACUGUGGGGCCACUUUAGUCGGUUUAACAAGUCUCACAUAGCCGCGUUAAUUCCAGAGCACAGAGACCCGUCAUUCGGAUGGUACAACAGGGUUGCGAAUAUUCCAUACUACGGGAAACUAGGUCUCAAUUCUGGCGUAAUGCUGAUGGAUCUUGUACGACUGAGAGAGGACCAAUGGCUGGACAAGAUGAUGAACUAUUUCAAGAAAUAUCUUUCCAAACUGAUUCUUGGUGACCAAGACCUUAUCAAUAUUUUCUUUCAUUUUGAACCAGAAAAGCUGUAUAAAUGUUCGUGUGAGUGGAACUACAGAGCUGACCACUGUCAAUUCCCGUCAACACGAUCUCGAUGUCCGCCAGCUCUAAAAGAUGGCGCUUACACUCUCCAUGGCAACAGUCAACGAUUCCAUGGGCCGAAAUAUCCAGCUCUAAGUGCCGUUUAUACAGCUUUUCAAUCUCAUCGACUUGGGCUCGACACAAAGACAGCCCUGCUGGAAAGUAUUAAGACACGUCUCAAGGACGCAAGGAGCAGCUGUGCAAGGAUGCCGGAGGCAUUUUAUAAACAAAUUGAAGAACAUAUCAAUACACCAUCUGUACCACAUUAAUAUAAUAGCUUAGUAUGCCCAAGAGUAUGUGUUCCUUUAGGUAAAAGCUAAACAUAGUUAAGAAGGGCUGGAAUGUGACCGAGAUCCGUAAAUGCGCUGAGCACUGUGUCCACUGGUGAGGCGACAUAUAUCCAGGGUCAUCUUUCUUUUCUCAGACACCCAAAUUGUCAGAAACCCCAUUUGUCAGACAUCCCACUUGUCAGACUCCCCAUUUGUCAGACACCCCAUUUGUCAGACAGCUUAAAACAAUAACUUUUAUGGUUGAGGGCACAUCAGGUGUGUGCUAUAUUCCCUUUAAUCCGAAUAGACAAGUCCUGUCGUCAACAACGGUCCGACAGCUGGUACAAAAGAAAUCAGUAUUUAUACAAAUCAGUGUUUUUUCUCUCGAUUUAUUAUUGCUUUUGAUUUGGACAAUAAAACACAGUUAAAGGAGUUUAACAUCAUAUACAUAAAGUAUGAUACAUAACAUAUACAUAACAUAGAAUGACCAUCAAUAAUUAUGAAUAUAGUAAUAUUUACUUCCACAUCAAUGUCCAUGUUCUGUCGGUACUUUAAGCCAGAGUUGGAAUGUCACCUGCUAAACAGAUCUACUCAGUGAAAAUAUCAGAGACAACAAACUGUGAAACUGUAAACUAGGGGUUAUAUUUUACUAUUAACAGGCCUACUUACUUGCGAACACAAACUGGUUAUGUUAACGAAGCCUAUUAAACUCACUGGUAAAAACAAGCAGUGGGCACCAUCUCACAGACUUUCUAAAAACAAACAUAUUUACAGUUUAACUAAGCCGUUUAUAACUUCACACAGAUUUUCAAGUGUCUGGGUCAUAAGAUUAUGAGUAUAGGGGAGUGUGGCAGUUAAAAGCAUAUUCAACUGUCUGACAAAUGGGUCUCUGACAAAUGGGAGGCCCCCAUAUCCAGUUAUGCCGCUAUAUACUCAACACAAUAAAUUAGGGAUCAUAUAUAUAUAUA